UUUACAUGACCCACUCUUUUCUCCAGUUCUUAUUUUUGUGUUUCUUUUGUUUGCCAUUUGUUGAAGACUUCCCUUUAAGAAGACGACCAUCCAGAACAUCAGUCAACUUGUGAGCCAAGAAUUUUACUCUGGUACACGAUGCAACAGGGCAGGACUUUGUAAAGUAUGGGGGUCAGACAUCCCUGAGGAAAUCACAGCAACUUUUCCAGAGAAAUCAUUUGAUUUUAUAUUAAACUACAAUCUACUCUCUAUUUACCAAUGGCGUCAUUCGUAUGGGAUUAUUUGCUCUGUGUGCUUCCAUCACUGCUUCUUCUGCUGCUGUAUCUGGCCCUGCGCUGGCCCAGGAUACGUUGUUGGACGAGACUGGCCUUCAGGGCUGCAAGCUGGAGACUCUGGGUCAUUAUUUGCGGGAUCUUGGAGCUGCCGCUAGACAGCAAUACAAAAGCAUGGACCAGGGAGCUAGAAUCACCAGGGGAAGAUAUUUUGCCUGGUUCAGGUCAGGACUCAGAUGGUCUCAGGCUCAUCUGCAAACCCACUGCGCUGGCACAAUAUCUGCUUCGCCACUGUGGCUCUCUGGCCAAGCCGAAACUGGCCUCCUGGCCCAAGGGUGACCCCCACCUCCAGACUCUUUCCAGCCUGCUAUGUGGACCAUGGGGUUACACAUUACAGUUCACUAGAGACAAUCUGUUACUGAGAGACGGGGGUAUUGUGGCUCUGGACUGGGCGGUGGGAACAGGACUGGAUGAGGCGGUCGGGAGGAAGAGGUGGGAGGGCAGGAAGGAGCAUCAGUCAGGGGGAAAGGCGCUGGGCUGCUUCACAGCGACGCCUCCUGUCCUCCUCCUCAUACCUGAGGCCUGGGGAGGGAUGGCCCCCCACCUAAAGGUGCUGUGCCAUCAGGCCAUGCGUCUGGGCUUCUAUGUGGUAGUAUUUCAUGCUCGAGGCACAGCGGGGUGCCCGCUGACCACAGCACGACUGACUGAGUUUGGAGACCCAGCCGAUCUUGAGCAGGCGGUGGCUUAUGUCCACAACCGCCACCCAUCCUCUGUAAUGGUUGCAGUGAGUGAGGGUUCAGGCUCAGGGAUUCUUCUCUCCUACUUGGGGGAAUGUGGAUCAAGUUCACGCCUGACAGCGGCUGCAGCCAUCUCACCUGUUCUCCAGGGACAACUGUGGUUUGAAACAGCCAUGCCUCCAAUUUAUCGCUCCGCGGUGUUGUUUCACCGGAAACUGCAGCUCAGUAGAUACGCAAGUUCGUUCAGAGGAGUCCUGGAUGUGGAUCGGGCCCUAAGCUGUUCCUCCCUCAGAGACUUGGAGGAAACUCUGUCCUGCUCUCGAGCCCAGCUUCAGCAGAGGGCCCCAAGUCGUCCAAUCGGCUCUCAAAAUUCUGGACAGAACGCCGGAUCUCAUUCCUCACGGGGCCUGGCGCCCUCAGUGGCCUGGGCACUCGGUGAGAGGGCUUACCCAGCCAAGGACUGGGACAACUACUGGGAGAGGAAUGAACCGCUGAGAGAUGCAGAUGAGGUAGCGGUCCCCGUGCUCUGUAUCCGCAGCUGUGACGAUCCUCUCCUCCCGCCUGCCUCCACUUUGCCUCUCCCCCUUUUCCAGAUCAAUCCUUAUUUCCUUCUGGUGCUGACAGACAGAGGAGGGCACUGCGGGUUCACUCUGGAGGGCAGAGAAGAGAUGGAAGGAGGGAGGACUGGAAAUGAGGUGGAGGAGAAAGGUAACUGGAGUCAUAUUGCAGUUUUGGAGUACUUUAGAGUCGUGGUUGAUUUCCUGAAAAGGGAGAAGGAUGGGGUGAGCUUUGAUGGUCCUCCUGGAGAAUAUAGUCAGGCUGUGCAGAGGAGCAGGACGAGCGACAUGGCUCCACCUCGUAGGAGGCGAGCAAACAUUAUCAGGAAACAAAGACUGCAGACACCUGAAGAGAUCAGUGUAGAUGCAGAGGAAGGGAACUUCACCUGGAAGAGGUCUUAUACGCGCUGAGGAGGAAGACAUGAGCUCUUCCCAAAUAGAUCAGGGAAGUACUGAAGACCACACCAGGCUCAGGGGGGGAGGAGACAAACGUGGAGGGAUUCAGGGAGGUUAUUGAUCAGAACACGACGUCGGGGUCACUGGGGGUGAGACAGAGCGGGAUGUCGGACCAGAGAAGGUUACAGGGACAUGGCAGCGGAGAUCACAGCAUCACCGCCCAUCAACCCAACGAGACAUUCAGCAGUCACCAACCAGAGGACUAGCGAUGCUCCUCUUUCACGCUCCCUGUUCGUUCGGUGUAACUCUAGCCCCUUCAAACUAUUAUUUGAUUAGUUAAAAACACACUGGGAAAUUUCUAGGCAACUGAGAUGGACAUUGUUGCCCUGACAGAGAUGCUGCUAUGUUGCCCAUUUACAGCCAACUCAGCUAACAACUGCUAAGUGCAUUUUCUUUUCUUCCAAAAAUUCAUUUUUUUUUUUUUACACUUUUAUGUCCCAAUCCCAUUUUCACAAAUGUUACUCCUGUACAUGCAUUCAUCAACCAAGUGUGCAAAGGGACAUACUGCUUGACUGGGGAAUAAAAAUCAAGAACUAUUUUAUGUAUGCAUGUGUGUAAAUCUGAUCUAUCAAUCAUUUCCUGUGCAUGAAAGCCUGUGCCAAAGUGCCAGUCAUUGUCAAGUCACGACACCCUGUGGUGAAGCUCUGCUUGAGUGUUCUUGAGGUAGACCAACAGGCAUCGCUUUCACCGACCAACACAGGGCCAGAUUAGACCAGGAAGUGACUGCAAAACAAGUGAGAGGUGAACACUUGUUUUGAUACUAUACAAGUAGAGGUUAGGUGCUGCUGAAAACCCAUCCCUGUCAUGAGGGCUUUGGACUGAUAAGGCUAAAGUGUCCUUCAGACCGGCCGUUCACGGGACUGGCAUGAGCAAAGAGUGGUCAGAGGUCUGUGGAAACCCAAGAGCCGAGCCAAUGAGGCCGAGUAUGCACGAGAAUGGACUCCCUUCUCUCCUCCAAAUCCCGCAACACAUGCAUCUAACUUGGCCGCAUGGCAUUACCUGAACUUCCAAUUACAUCUCUGGCACAAUCUCAUUAAAUACAUAACAGUAUGAUGGCAUGGAUAAUUCUAAUGACAAAUCUGACUCUGCACCCCCACCUUUGGCAUCUUUGCAGCCCUAACUAACUCAUUCCAGUAAAAACUGCACACAGUGAUUUCACUGGUUCGAUUCCCUCUCUGGUGGAGGAUAAGCUUUGAGUAAAGCCACUCAGGCUGGAAUGAAAGAUUGCAUACUUUUAGCUACGACACCUUGGACGUCCCCGUGCUACUAUAUAGUCAGAGAUACCCACGUGUACUUACGACAACAUUCGUUCUUCUUCUACAUUCCUUCCAGACCUAUCCAACUUGUUCCGAACCUUUCUGUUCUUCAAUCUUAAAUCA